AUGACUAGAGGAGAUCUGCUGCCCAAUGAUGACAGGAUGAACCAGAUGAGGAAGAGUCUGGAGAUCAGUGCUGCAGACAAACACAAAUACACCUGCUCUGUCACACACCUAGGCAACAAAUGGGACACUGAUUUGGGUUCUCAUUCUUUAUGGGUGCUUAUAACUCAUAUUGAAGGAGAAACACCAUUUCCUGCAUUCAGUGGCAUAUUCAUGUUGGAUGACAUCAUAGUUGGUUAUUAUAAUUCAGAAACAAUGAUCUAUGUUGUGCGAGGAAAUACUACAAGUGAAGAUGAUGUGGUAGAUCCAGAUCACCUCGAUAUCAUAAGUGAGAAUGUGCUUGUGCAUAUUAAAACAAGAUCAAAAUAUCUGAGGUCUGACAACCACACAGAAAGUAAGUUCAUUUUUCAGAUAAUGAGUCACUGUGAACAGGGUGACAAUGAGAAACCUGGACAAAUGAUCACCAAGACUGCUUUUAGAGGUUCUGCUGUUGAUGAACUCAGAUUUUUUAAUGGCACAUUCACAUAUCAGAGUUCUUCAAAUUACACCGCAAUGGAAAUAAAACCCUAUCUAGAACUAUCUAUGUGGCAUCUUAAGAUAUUGUACUACCCAGCCUGUAUAAAAAUGAUGAAGAAUUACCUUACAAAGAGAGGAACUCAAGUUAACAGAAUAGUGAAACCCAGAGUCAGACUCAUCCAGAAAACCUCCUCAGAUUAUGGAGGGUUUUGCGUGAGUUGUUUGGCAACAGGAUUUUAUCCUCGUCACAUCAACCUGACUCUGUUCAGAGAUGGGCAGCCUGUAGCUGAACAUGAGAUCACUGGAGGAGAUCUGCUGCCCAGUGGUGAUGGGACAUACCAGAUGAGAAAGAGUCUGGAGAUCAGUGCUGCAGACAAACACAAAUACACCUGCUCUGCCACACACCUCAGUCUGGACAACAAACUGGAUGUCACUUUGGAAUUUGACCCUGGUGAACCAUUUAUAUUAGUGAUCCCCUCAGUGCUGAUAAUUUUGGCUUUGGUGUUGCUGUUUGGAACUGGAGUCGGUAUAUAUAAAUGCAGGAAGAGACAAGCAGGUCUUGAUGUUUAUCAGACUCUGGUUGUCUGUGAGCUGCUGGACCUUGACAAGCCUGGAAAGAUGCUUAUCAAAGAUGCUGUUGGAGGCUCUACCACAGAUGAGCUGUUUUACUUUAACAAUACGUUUACUUAUACUGUGAGUGCAAAUAUUACACAAGAAGUGCUCAAACCACACCGGAAAAAUUCAAGCUGGAAACUGCAGAGACGAUUAACCCAGUUUGCAUGUCAGCUCUCAGGAAUUAUCUAA